ACCGAUUUCUACUACUAUCUUAGCGAAGACGCGCACGAAAAAUGAUACCCAUAUUAGGGUGUCUUCGACGCGGAUGCAGGAGAUCCCAUGACUGCUAAAGACUAACCACAGGUUCCGGGUACGCCUAGGGCGUUCCAUGUUCACUUACAAAACAGUGUGCAUUGCCUCUGAAUCGAGGUUUGACUUGCAAUGCUUGGGUGACCUCAAGAAGCUCAAGGUAUGUUUGCGUUGCCGUGCUUUGCGUCCCCCCACCGUGCCAUGGUGGGGUUUCACUUGUCAAAUUCUGUAUACUUUCUACUCCGCGGCGUACCGGAAACGACUUCUCGACGGAUGGAUUCGGCGUUGGUGGCCAAGAGGGUCUGUUCUUUACCAGGGCGGUUUAUCUGGAUGUCGACAUUUGGGUGAAGGACGAGCGAGGGAAGGAAUGGGUAUGGAGGAUUGCACCCUGGCAUAUGGAAUCGGCUGUCUACUACUUUCUCGGAUCUGCAUACCCACCAACUCCAGCAUCAAGUGGGCGUUAUUGGGUAUAUCCAUGGACGGUCUCCGUUUCUGUUUCUGUUUCCUCUCUUGGCAAAUCAGUGGAGGAGGAGAAGGGAUACCUCGUUCUGUGGUAACAGCUCUGUCUGCUAUGCGACGUCCCCCACUGUUCCAUAAUCGGCUCUGCCAUAAUAAAAGCCGCUAAUACCUUUCACCAAGUCAAAAGUACUCUUCGUAGGAUCUAGGAUUCUGAACAUGAUG